AUGGGUAGAGAUCACACCAGCAAACAACACAUCAGAUCAGGUCACAGAGAGGCCCCAAAGUCAGACAACGUCUACUUGCAAUUGUUGGUCAAAUUGUACUCCUUCUUGGCUCGUAUGUAGAAGAUGUUUGGAACAAAAAAUCAGAAGAUGUCAUUUUCACCAUUUACCAUACGAAAAAAGAAUGUGAAUCGUGAACGACUUGUUUUUUGGGCUCAACAAGGGGAUGAGAUGAGCACGGAGAGGUUCUAGUGUUGUGGAUGUUGAAUCAUCAAAUCACACAUACACGAAACACACGGCGACUUCCUAGCAGGAUAAUGGACAUAUUAUCGAAAACUGCUAGCGCCGGCUGAUUGUGAAAGAAAAAGAGGGUAUUUCUUCAUUUUUUUCUGUUCAGAAUCCACCAGAUCCUUCGUCUUGUCCCUCCAACUCAUCAGUCGUCACGAAUACUAUCUGCGAGUGCAUUUUUCGAGCCUUGGGUUCGGGGGGAGAAAAUCAAAAGCGCGUCUUCUGAGCAGACACCAGUAUGGGUAUACUAACUUUUUUCUUUUUUUUUUUCUUACAGGUCGUACUGAUGCUCCAUUCAACAAGGUUAUCUUGAGAUCAUUGUUCUUGUCCAAGGUCAACAGACCACCAGUCUCGGUUUCAAGAAUCUCACGUGCCCUCAAGCAAAAGGGUGCUGCUGAAAAGACCGUUGUUGUUGUUGGUACCGUUACCGAUGACAACAGAUUGUUGGAAUUCCCAAAGACCACCGUUGCCGCUUUGAGAUUCACUGCCGGUGCCAAGGCUAGAAUCGUGAAGAACGGCGGUGAAGCCAUCACUUUGGACCAAUUGGCUUUAAGAGCUCCAAAAGGUCAAAACACCUUGAUUGUCAGAGGUCCAAGAAACGCCAGAGAAGCUGUUAGACACUUUGGUUUCGGUCCUCACAAGGGUAAAGCUCCAAGAAUCUUGUCCAAGGGCAGAAAAUUCGAAAGAGCUAGAGGUAGAAGAAGAUCAAGAGGUUUCAAGGUAUAA